AUGGCACAGGAGAAGACGCAGGCCGACUACUUCAUACAUGACCUGCCCGGUGCGCCGAAGCCGUUGCUGAAGAUGCACGCAGGACACAUCGAAGUGGAUGCAGAGAACAACGGCAACCUCUUCUUCUGGCACUACGAGAACCGCCACAUCGCAGACAAACAGCGCACUGUAUUAUGGCUGAACGGCGGGCCAGGCUGCUCCUCGAUGGACGGCGCCAUGAUGGAAGUCGGCCCAUACAGAGUGCGCGAAGGCGGCAAUCUCGAAUACAACAAUGGUUCGUGGGACGAGUUCGCAAACUUGCUCUUUGUGGAUCAGCCUGUCGGAACCGGCUUCAGCUACGUCAACACCAACAGCUACCUCACUGAACUCGACCAGAUGGCCGACCACAUGAUUAUCUUUUUGGAGAAGUGGUUUGCGCUAUUCCCCGAAUACGAGAAUGACGAUUUUUACAUUGCCGGUGAAUCGUACGCUGGACAACACAUUCCCUACAUCGCUCGCGCUAUCCUUAAACGAAACAAAGAAAAUCUCUCCAAAACACCAUGGGCGCUCAAGGGACUUAUGAUCGGAAACGGCUGGAUAUCGCCCGUCGAUCAGUAUCUCGCCUACAUACCCUUUGCUUACCAGAACGGCCUCAUGCGGGCUGAUACCGACUCGGCAAGGCGCGUCGAAGAGCAACAGAGAAUAUGUGUCAAGAAGCUCGAAGAAGGUGGCAUGAACACCGUUGACACGAGCGAGUGCGAGCAAAUCAUGGUUAGAAUCCUGGAAGAAACCAAGAACAGGAAGGCCGAUACGAUGAACCAGUGUCUCAACAUGUACGACAUCCGUCUCCGCGACGACUCGUCCUGUGGAAUGAACUGGCCCCCGGAUCUUGCGCAGGUCACUCCUUACCUCCGCCGCCCAGAUGUCAUUCAGGCUCUCCACAUCAACCCCGACAAGAAGACCGGCUGGCAGGAGUGCAACGGCGCUGUUUCUGGACAUUUCCGUGCCAGAAAAAGCGAGCCUGCUGUCAAGUUCCUACCCGAACUCAUCGAGCAGGUUCCGGUCCUCCUCUUCUCUGGCGACAAGGAUUUCAUUUGCAACCACGUUGGCACAGAAGCUAUGAUUGGCAACAUGAAGUGGAACGGCGGAAAGGGUUUUGAAGCCUCCCCUGGUGUACAAAACGCCAAGCAGGACUGGAUGUUCGAAGGCGAAGCUGCUGGAACAUGGCAGGAGGCCCGUAACCUUACAUAUGUUGUCUUCUACAACUCCAGCCACAUGGUUCCUUUUGAUUACCCCAGACGCACUCGGGACAUGCUCGACCGCUUCAUGGGCGUGAACAUUGAGGCCAUCGGUGGUGCUCCUGCCGACAGCCUAAUCGAUGGCGAGAAGGGUCCAUUGACAAGCGUUGGCGACCACCCUAACUCGACGCAAGCCGAAGAAGACAAGACCAAGGAGCUCAAGGCGGCAGAGUGGAAGGCCUACGCCCGCUCCGGCCAGGUCGCACUCGUCGUUGUCAUCAUCGUCGCCUGCCUCUGCGGCUUCUUAUGGUGGCGCAGCAGGCGCUCAACUAGCGAAUACAAGGGCACCGACAAUGACGAAGGACGAGAGUCUCUUCUCACUGGCAUGGGCCUCGACAACUUCCGGAGAAAAGAACGAAGGCAAGAUCUUGAAGCUGCCGACUUUGACGAACGGGAGCUCGAUGAUCUCGAUGACGUGCCGAAGAAGCCAAGAAAUGGCUAUGCGAGCGUGGGGUCAGAGAAGGGUCGAGAGUCGCACAAUGACUCCACAUUUUCUUUGGGCGUCGAUAGUGAUGAGGAGGAGGCUAGCUCGAGCGAUCGCGGCAGGAGAAAGGAAGCAUCGCCAGGCGACCAAUACAACGGCGGCAACGUCAAGAACCCCUUCGAAGAACGCGUCGUAAACGGCUUCACAGCAACGGAAAUCGCGACACUGCAGAGUCGGCUAAAUAAACAACUCGGUCCGGAAUACAUAUCCCAGCGGCCGGGUAAUGGCGGUGGUAAGGUGGCGUACCUGGAGGGGAACAAGGCGAUAGCGCUUGCAAAUGAAGUCUUUGGGUUCAAUGGCUGGUCAAGCUCGCUGGGGCAGGUGCAGAUCGACUACGUCGACGAGCAUCAAAACGGCAAGGUCAGCUUGGGUCUCUCAAUAGUAGUGAGGAUCACGCUGAAGGAUGGCACAUAUCACGAGGACAUUGGCUACGGCUCGAUAGAGAACGGCAAGGGCAAAGCAGCCUCAUUUGAAAAGGCCAAGAAAGAGGCGGCAACAGACGGUUUGAAGCGCUCAUUACGCACGUUCGGCAAUGUCCUCGGCAACUGCUUAUACGACAAAGAGUAUCUCAAGAAGGUCCAGGUUAUGAAGGUCAAGCCCAUCAAAUUCCAGGAAGACAAUCUCUACCGACAUAAUGAUUUCAAACCGCCACCACAACCUGAGGAGCAACUUGUAGUCAAGCAGGAGCCGCACAAGACACCAGUUCGGCCCAACCAGGUCCUUCGCACGCGUACAGAUCACCUGAACAACGAGUCGUUCGGAGCUGACUUUGACGACGAUGCGGACGAGAACUUGUUCGAUGGAGUUGAUGUCUCAGAGGGCCAUGGCGACGAGUCCUCAUUGUCAGAGACCUUGUCCGCUCCAGACACGACGGCACCGCGCGCUAUACAGCCAGCGAAACCAAAUGGUGUAUCGUCUGGUCGCACUUCACCUGUCCGCAAUACAGGACCCCCUCGCCAGCCCAACGGCAGACCCCCACAAGCCGGACGUGGACAACCUGGCAUGCAACAGCAGCAACCGAACCAGGCACCCGGUAGACCUGCUCCUCAUAUGCAGAACGGAAGACAGCCACAAACCCCUAUUCAACAACAGCCUCGACCUGUGCAGAAUGGCGGUCGCAUGGCCCCGCCAGCAAUAGACAACGGCGCCGCCUCGAAGCCCGGAGGACAGCAGCCACAGAAUCAACAACCCGCUCCUAACAAUCAACCUCUCCGACCAACCCCACCCCAAGCACAACCCCCACCAAACCAAGCACGACCAAUACCCCAAGCCCAAGAAACGAACACACCCGCACAAAACGCACCUCCACCCAACCACCGACCCCCCGUAGGCUUCGUAACCUCCCGCGCCGCCGAGCUCCUCCAAGCCUCAGACUCCGCCUCCCUAACUAACCUCCCCUCCUUCAACCCCAACGCCGACUCGCCCAUACCAAAAGAAAAACGCACCCCCGGCGUCGACCACGCCCGCAGCAUCCCCAUCAAACGCGACGCCGUCGGCGCACCGCCUGCCCCUCAACCACCACCUCAGCGACCCGGCGUCACAUCAAAUGGCUCCUUCAACCGCCCCAACGUCGUAAACCCACACAUGCAGCCAGAUCGCCGCAUCGGCAUGCCCGGCGCACCGAACUAUGCCAUGAGUCCUAGUGCGAAUCGUGGUGCGUACAAGCCGCCUACGUUCAACGGUGCGGGGCCUGGUAAUGGUAAUCCUGUUGGUGGUGCUGGUGGUCCCGGGGGUGUCAAGAGAGAAAGAGCCGCGCUGCAGGAUGUUAGCAAUGUGGGUGUUAAUGGGAAUGGAGAUGUGGGCAGUGAGGGGCCUGAGGCUAAGAAGCAGAGGGUUGAUGUGCCGGCUGGUGUUGAGAAUGCUGGGGCUGGGGUUUCUAGUACGUGA